CGUAGUGUAUGAAUGGGUGUGUGAGUGUGUAUGUGAUUGUGUGCCCUGCGAUGGAUUGGCACCCUGUCCAGGGUGUACCCCGCCUCGUGCCCCAUGCUCCCUGGGAUAGGCUCCAGGUUCCCCGCGACCCUGUAGGAUAAGCAAUGUAGAAGAUGGAUGGAUGAUAAAAGCCACUCUUCACCACUGAAUUGAUUUGUUCAUCGAAUUUAAGGCCGUCAGUCUGACUCGUUAUAUGGUCUAAUUCACGAUACGAGUGUGUGAUGUGUGUUUUCACUCAGAUGGAGGGCCGUUCCAGGGCCAGACAGCCUACAGUACAAAUCCCGGACGAACAGAGGCUGGGUGAAAAGACGAAAGCCAGGUGGAGUCCUGAAGAAGAUAAAUAUCUUAAGAGUCUGGUGGAGAGGAUUGGCGACAACUGGAGCACUAUUGGGACUAUGUUACCUGGUCGGACUGAACAGGAUUGUAAGUACCGAUACACCUGUGUGUUGGACCCAAACUUGAUCAAGGGUACCUGGACUAAACAGGAGGAUGAGAAGCUCGUAGAAUUAGUGACAAAAUUGGGAACAUACCAAUGGACCAGGAUCGCCAAGCACCUGAAGGGCCGCAGGGGGAAGCAGUGCCGAGAACGCUGGCACAAUCAUCUGGACCCGUCGGUGAAUAAACAGUCCUGGACUCCCGAAGAAGACAUCAUCAUCUGCAAAGCCCACAGCAUUCUGGGAACCUGUUGGGCCAGAAUCGCCAAAUUGCUUCCUGGGAGGACUGAUAACUCCAUCAAGAACCACUGGUACUCGACUCUGAAGCGUAAAGUGGCCAAAGGUGUGCUAGUGAUCGACGCUGAUCCUGUUGCCUCUUCACCUCCUGAAGAAACAUCUAUAGAAGUGGAGAAGGAGGAAGAAGUGACUCGUCCAACUGAAGAGGAAACUAAAAUGGAUGUCCCUUGUGACGUCAGUCUGCAGUCAGAAUUUGUGAUGGACGUUCCUGAUCAGACACAGCCUGCCCCAUCGACUCCUAAUACCAGUGCGGACGAUUCCUGUUACGAUGCUUUCAGCUCGGUCCUAAUGACCGACUUUACAGAGCAGAUAAUGAAAGCAAGGGAACCCAGGCGUCGCAAAAGAAAACAGAAGCCCAAAAAAGGCCAGAGGCAUUUAAAGUGGAAAGGAGCCCCUGAUGCUGAGAAAGACUCCAACGACAUCACCAGAGUAAAGUCCACUUCCAGCCCCCGCGACAGGUCGCAGUCACGACAGAAAAUCAUCAUCGGUGCGGCGCUGCAAAUGAUCUCUGAAGACAUGUUGCCUUUUAGCAUCUUCGAAGGAUCCGGGUUUCGAAACUUCAUGGCUGCGAUCGGUCCUCAGUACCCUAGAAUUUCUCCGCAUAGCGUAGGAUUGAGGCUUUACGUCGAAGUGGAGAAGGCGGUUAAACCGAGCCUGAUUAAACAGCUGAGGGAUUGUCUCGCUGUGACUGGAGGAAACUCGAACAUCCACGUCACGGCGGAUAUCUGGGCCAGCGAGGAUGCCGAAACCAUCCUCGCUGUUCAGCUGCAUUUCCUCGACGGAGACUGGAACAUGUGUAGGCCGACAGUUGCGUUUCGGCAUUUAAGCGACAAUAACUUCAACAGCAUUGUUACGAGCGAGCUGGAAGCCGUGCUCCUGAGCUACGGGCUUUUUCCUGAGAACAUCGGCUACCUUAUUCUUCACGAGGCCAAGAACACAAUCAGCAUACACAACCUUUUCUGCGACUACAAGAUCAUGCAUAGCGUCCAGAAGAACGACCCGGACGAAGACGAAAUAAUCGACUUCAUUGACGAUCAAGUGUCUGUCGUGGAUUUCUCGGAAGUCCACUUGGCCAGGAAUGUGGACUGCUUUAGUAGCUUGUUGCACUUGGUAAUCAAGGAAGCUCUAAAGGCCUCACAGUGUGCCAGCUACGUCGUCUCUCAGAUCCGAGAUAUCGUGGCCUUCUUUCGGCACAGUGCCUACUGGAAUAAUGUUCUCAUGCGGGACUGUAAUGUCUCUCUCGCAGAUCCUCACAGCUUCAACAGCUAUAAAUGGAACUCCACUUUUGCUGCUUUUCGUAAGCUGCUUUCAAAGGUUGCUUGGGACGGCGCGAUGGGCCUGAUAGCCCAAGCGCAGAAAGAAGAGAACGACUCGACUGUUUCUCCUCCAGUAAUCCAUGUCAUCUGGGACCAAGUCGUAGACAUCAUUGGUUUUUUAGAACCUUUCGAAGAGGCGGUCCAAGUGCUUCAGUCAGAUGGCAUCACGUUCUCCCUCGUCAUUCCAUCCAUCAUCGGACUCGAUAAAACCCUUGAGCUUAAAAAAACCUCAUAUCCCCAAUUCCGCAAAGCUCUCCGCUCCAGACUACACGACUACUUCCAACCUCUGAUCAUGCAAAAAGAUUUGAUUCUCGCUACAGUCCUGGAUCCUCGCAUUAAACUGCAACCUUUCGAAGACGAAGAAGAGGCCAGUGAUAUCAAACUCGCACCCCCUACCAAAUUCUGGGCUUGUUCGAUCUUAGAAUCCGCUAUGAGUGAAACGGAUGCCUGGGUUCCCAUCGAGGAGGGCAGUGUAAAACUAGACCACGAUGACCAGCUUGCUGCGAAAGCUGCCAGUUUGGGCAACAUCAAGAGCAAGAAGAUCUUCAGCUUCAUGCAGCCUUCCGCCAAGAAGACGCAAGACUCCGAGCUCGAUCUUUAUAUCGCCGAACCUUUACUGGAUGGAGAUGCUUCUGUUGAGGAGUUCUGGCGAGGAGCCACACGGUUUCCACAGCUACGAAAUAUCUGCCACAGACUUUUGGCUGUCCCAGCUUCAUCUGGAGGGUUUAAACGUCUCUUUCCCAUGGCGGCUUCUAUAGUUCGUGCCAGGAGAAAUCGACUUCCUCAGCACACUACAGAGCGAUUAUUACUUUACAGAGAGAGCCAGAAGUUAAAAAACGGAAGAAGUGGAACUGGAUUGUAAACGGCCUCGUGAAACAUUGAUGUCGCGUUUGUGUGACCUUUGUUACGCAUUAUUAAUUACAUCUGACCUGUAGAAUCAUAUAACAUUAAAAUAAAACGAUAGAUCUCAUUCAUGUUCAUGUAUAUACUGAAUGCUGGACUAAGCCGUGGAAUUUUUUUCAUGUGCCUCCUUUCUCCUUUUUUAUAUUGUGACUUUAAUCUCCUAUGCCAAGUGUCAGAAUGAGUCUUUUCAUGUGUUUUCUCAUUAACAUAUAAUUAUCAUUGGAUAAAAGAAUGGAUUGAUAAAAUAACUUCUCUGUGUCAGUUUUGUUGUCUUGUAAUCAUUUGGAUUGUGUGCUGCAAGAGAUAUUCGAUUUGUGGAGCAUGUUAGCCGUUUACUUUAUUCGUAGGUCGGCCAUAUUGGUUGUGAUGUUAUGAUUAGGGUAGGAGAAGUGUAAUCACCCAUCAGCGUACAAGAAAAAGUGACUCAAAACUUGUCUAUUUUACCUAAAAUUUGCAAAUCACAAAGUGUUUUUGUACACAAAGUAUGAGAUAGUAACUGGAUUACAUGAAAUAAAUGAAUGUUUGUUUAUUUUGCCACAGAUUUGACUACUAUUCCAAAGAUGUUCAUUUUCGCUCUCUUUUAAACAUGUUUGCUGGAAAGUCUCCAACACUUUUUAUUCUCUACUAGGUUUUUAAACUUUAGUAAAGCUUAACAAAGCAUACUUUAAAGACUUUUCCCCUCAAGAUUGGGAUGUAAAACUGUACAGAUUUUCGCUUUGCUUGUUUCCCAGGUGAUCAGGUGUAAAACAUAAUACUAUUAUAGUACACAUUUUAGAUGGCUAAACAAAAAACAAAAACCAUUUUGGGUAAACAGUUUUAUUUUUUGUGCUGAAUAUCCUUAUUGUUCUGUAUGAAAUAUACCUCAGGUGACGCUCGUGCGUUGUUUUUUUUUUUUUUUUUUGUUCUUGUUUUUUUUUUUAACUGCCGGAAGUUAAUUUUUCCCGCCGCUUCUCCACGGACACGCGCCCGGAGAGUUUAUUGCGCCGUGAUUGGUCAGUGGUUGCUGGGGUAACAGGUCUCCGUACAAGCAGCUUGAGCCUUUUAACGCCUCAGUCUCAACACACACAGGACAGAGGACUGUUCCAAAUCAAACUCGAUACAUAUAUUAAAACAUUAAUUAUCAAUCAUUUAUUCUCUUCUGUGAGGAAAUUUUGUAGAAAUAAAAAAAAUGUACAAACGAUUUUUCACAUAUAAUAUGUGCAAAUAUUUAAUUUAAAAAAUGCACAAACAGUUGGACGUUUUCAUAACGACGUUAGCUUGUUAGGCUAGCACUGCGGUUUUAGAUUAGAGUUUAAAGUUAAUAGUCGCCUAUAUUACGACUAUUCUUUUAUUUAAUUAUAUUUCUUAAUACUCUCAGAGACAUUACAAAACGUUAAACAUACAGCACACAACACAACCGCGUUACACAGACGAUUCUAGAAGCGAAACGAGUCCUGUAGGAAUUUGUACAAA